AUGAGAAUUAAUGCUUCUCUUUUCUUUAAGCGGGUUAGUUAUUGUUUUUGUCAAGCUGAAAAGUUUUAUGUUCACGAUGAAACAAAUAAAACCUAUAUAAAAUUUAAAGAAAUAGUCGACGAAAUGGACAUUACUUUUUAUAAUUUAAUUAAAAAAAGAAUUGAAAUUGCCAAUUGUUUUAUUUACACAUAUUCAAUUAUAAUCGAAAAAGCAACUAAUUAUUGGGAUAAAAAUGAUAAUUUAACUGAUGAAGAAUAUAAAAAAUUUGACAAAGAAAUUAAAGAGUUAGUAGGGGAAUUUAAAAAUUUUGAAUUUAAAAAAACAGUUGAAGAAUGUAAAAGGGAUUGGUUAACAAAAGAAGGAAAAGAAGAAAUAUUAAGAGAACCAAGAAAAUUUCUAACAUAUAAACAUGCCCAAUAUUUAAAAAAUUAUUUAAAUAAUAAUCAAAAAGAAAAAGAAAAAUUAAUAAAAAGCUUUAAAAGCAAGGCAAUAUUAGCCAGUUUAAUUAUAAACGACGAUUAUUUUAUUCAUUUGGAUAAAGAGUUAAAAUUGAAUGUAUUGGAAGGUAAGUGGAUAUUAGUGAAACAAAAUUGUUAA